GUCGCUUCCAUUGGCCGGAUAGGCUGGCCGUCUGGCGAAACGCCGGUUUCCUCUCCCAGUCGCUGCCGCAAGCCUCGUUGCCCGCCGCCCGCAUCGAGUGGGGUUUCCCCCCGUUCGGGCUUGUCGGUCGCCGACUAUGCCGAGCUUCAUUUUGCGGACGCCGCAGCGGAGAGCCGAUGGCGGAUACCGACGGCUCUGUCUUCUGACCGAACGGUGAAAAAAAGACACGGCGAAACGAGGGAGCAAGGGAAGUAAUCGUGCCCGUCUGAGACGCAAGGCGACUCGGGGAGUACUGUUCAACGUGCCAGCCUCGACAGUACGGAUAACCCACGAGAGAGAAGCCAAGCACAAUGAGCAGAAGGACGUCUGCUGGACCUCGGAAAGCGGGGGCAUCGGAAGGUCGUACCGACCUGACGCCGUCGUCUCCGCCACUGUCGCCAUUGAAGAAGGACGAACGCAAGUCCCUGACGGAUUCAGGAUACGAUGCGGGCUAUACCUCCAUGAGCUGCUCCACUGCAACAGAUCCGGACAUCAUCUCCAAGUCAACCUGCAGCAUGCUGGACUCCGGUGUGCUCGACGAGGAAGCUCAUCACAGCGGUGAGAUCAAGACCACGGCGUCAGCGUCGGCAACAAAACUGGACAGCGGCUACAUCGAGCCGUCCUCGUCGGCAUUGUUGCUUGAGGAGGACUGCGAGACACAGCUGCUGAGCCGGAAGCUUGGUGUGCGAGAGAUGUAUGCGCAAGACGACGACGGUGACACGCUCCUUCACGUUUCUGUCAUCAAAGGCUGGACAAGUCUGCUUCUGCGCAUAAUCCGCGAAACACCGCAUCCGGAUCUCCUGGACAUCCAGAAUGACUGCGGCCAGACUGCUCUCCACGUGGCCGCUCUGUGCAGCAGACACCAUGAGGCCCGCCUGCUUGUUGUCGCCGGGGCAACGGUGGACGUGACGGACGAUGGUGGCCGAACGCCGCUGCACCUCGCCUGCCAACGAGGCGACUGCAGGUUGUCCAGCGACCUGCUUGCGGAUGUUACCGAGGAGGAGACUGACUUCUUGCAGCCCCGUUACGGCGUGCGGCCUGGGCGGCGCGACUCAGCCCGCACCGCUGCCUUGGUGUCCCAAAGGAUGCUGACAGGUGACACGGCUCUCCACCUGGCGGUCCGGUCCGGCUCGCUGGAUCUCAUUGAGCUGCUGCUGCACCACGUGCCCGACCCCAACGUUCGGGAACGGUACUGUGGUGCCACUCCUCUCCACUUGGCCUGCCGGCUGGGCCGGCCAGACCUGGCCGAUGUGCUGCUCAGGUCUGGCCGUGUCGAUGUCAACGCCACUGACUAUGGCCGCAAGACGGCGCUGCGCCACCUGUGGGACGCGCAGCGGCAGAAUCCGCGCAGCAAGGACUUGCUGCGCUUGGUGCUGCUGCUGCGAGACCACGGCGGCACACCCAUUGUUGACCCAGGUUCCGAGGACGAGGAUGACUCGGAGGACAGCUCAGAAGAUUACAAUGACUCUGAGGAUGACGAAGAGGAUGUUCAAGCAGUGGCCAACGCCAUUAACAGCAGGCUGACACACGGGACGCCCCGAGUGAAUGACAUCGGUACCUCAUAGCAGACCCACCAGGCAUGUCUUUCCCACAUUUAAGCUCUUUCCUUCAUGUCAACCUUAUCAUCUUCUGCAUCAUCAUUGGGACCUUCAAGCAUCCAUCGGCAAGACGAUUGCAAGUGGACCGUGCAUUGUUUUCCCUACUGGCACCAUACUUGACAGUUUCACCUCUCGAUUAUUUCUCCCUAUAUGUCUGGUGCGACUUGUCGGCAGGCCCCCCUUGUGUUGAUUGUGUGAGUGAAAUUUUAAACUGAUUCUUUUGCUUCCGUAAGGCCAUUUGGGUUCUGGCAUUUCGUGUUGAAGUCAUAGUUCAGUGUUGAAUAAUCCUGAAGUUGUGCCGAAUCAUUCCAUAAGCUGCAAGCGAUGUUAAAAACUUGCAGGAUUGUGGUGACACUGCCAUUCGAAUUGUUGCACUGUGUCCACAUUUACGCAUGGAGUUUGUGCCUCCUGUAAGAGUUGCAUGGUCUUCUGAAGCCCUGUUCACGUGGCUGUGUUCUCUUCAUCCUGUCACCGCUAUAGUAUCUUGGGUUUUUGUCAGAAAAGAGACUUUUCAGGCUGAUCUACUGAAACUGGCUGUCCACGACAUGGGUCACUGCUCUGUCGCAAUGGCUGUGACAGAAAUCCUUCAGCUAGAAAUGGACAAAUCGGGAAUAUCAUAAAUGCUAUGAAAGGUCACAGAGACAUCCCGAUCAUCCUUAUGUGUGCAGACUUGUAAUUGUCGUAGAAACGUUAUUGGCAUUUCAUGGAAGAAUGCAGUAUUUCUCCUGGUGCAUACGCGCAAUUGCGCACCACAGGAUAUAUAUAACAGUCGCAACCCGAAGAAACGUUCACAUUGGUGGCUGAACUGCUAAGCUUAAAUUGGUUCGAUUGCAUCUGAAGGAGAGUUCACUUGUUCAAAGACUGUCAAUAUGUACACCACCAGGUGCCACCUGUUUUAAGGCCAUUUCAUCAUUUAAUUGACACUUCUCUUCUCAUGGUAGUUAUGUGACAGUGACGUGACGAUAGUGUGAUUGGUGACGUGAUGAAAUCGAUGACAGCUGGGUGAACAAGGGCCGAGAUUUCUUGAGCCCUGGUAACUGUCCCUUGCCUUCUGACCAUUUGUGUUGACUUGAAGGGGCUAGGAUGUGGUCCUUCAGUUUCGCGUUGCAUAUGAGCUACAUCCGCCCGACUCGGUACGUGUGCGUGUACAUGUGUAUACAUAAUAGUGAACAGCGGGGGACCAUUGUGUCUAUUAUUUCUUGUAAGGUUUGUAGGGAGUAUUAUUUAUUAUUAGUGUGUCAUCAAAAGCCAUAAAGGUUCGGUUAACGUUUUUCACAUUACCUAUGUUGUCAUCUACAUUGUGCACCACAUCUGCAUGUGUGCGAGGUUGUGCAUGCGUGAGAUCAGUUAUAUGCGAUCACCCGCUUGUAUGGCAAGCCUGCCAGCAGCGAGUUUUCGGUUCUUCACUUUCUGUAAAAUAGGAACUUGUUGUGUAGGCACAACCAUGUUAAAUUUGUGUAGAAAGUCUGAAAUGAAUCAAGCCAGCAGCGGUGAUUGGAAGACGGACACAAAGCUUUCCAUAUAGGCCAAAGUUUGCACGGUUGUGUUGGAAAUGGCUGCCUAAUUGGAGAAUAGAAAAGAUGUUGACCUACAGUUUACAGAUAUCAUGGGACUUGCUUGAAGUGCUUGUUUUAUCUUGCAUUCAGGUCUGUCAUGUUGGUAUCUUCAGGAUUCUACGCCAUUGACCUGUAGUUGCCGGUGUUGCCGAUUCUGUUAACUGCGACAGUGGCUCAGUGAGCGUGGCAUUCUACUGCACAAGAGGUUGCGGGUUCAUUUGCCUGGCACGCUGGCCACAUUCCAAUGAAGGGUGGGCUGCAGUGAUGUCUUUGCACAGAGGCUUCUGGGAACACUUAUAAGGGGUCAGAGUUAAUUUUGGCUGCUCAGCUUCAGUGUCCUUAUGACCGCAGGCAUGAAAUUCCCGUAGAGGAAUGUUUGUGCUUUUGCAGAGCAUUAGGCUGCUUCACUUCCCAGCUGCUGCAAUGCGAAUGUAACACAAUACAAGCGCGCCUAUUCAAUGGCCCAGUUUUCAGCAUUCAUUUAACCCAGGGACAUUUCUAACAAAUCUGGAUCACUUCUCCACAGUGUCCCCCCAUAGCAUCGUAGCAUAAAAAUCUUGUCUUAGGCACAGCCCGUUAUGUUUUAAACGGCUGGCUUCACCUGCGAUCGACAUUAAAUGAGACACUUGACCAGGUGUGUCUCGUGUUCUUGUGCCGCUUGAAAUUUGACAAGAGUCCAGUGUACAGCAAUGCCCGAAGUCCAAAAGAAAAAUAUAUGUAUAUGUGUAUAUAUGUAGGAAAUGUUAUACAUUGAACGCGUAGAGUCCUGUCUGUAAUGCCUAAUGCUGUUCUGCUGUAUUUGCAUUGACGCGAGCCCAGUUUUUCUAAUGCAUCACAUUUCAUGUGUAGUCUGUUCUCGUCGUGCGUUAUACUUCGGUGGUUCCUUUUCUUUUGGCAUGUGUGGACAUUGUGAUUGUUUCUCUCUCUCAUGUGAAGAUGCAGCAAAAUGUGCGGGGGUGAACGUUCAUCUUUCUGGCGUGUGUGUGGACAUUGGGAACAUUUCUUUUACUGUCAUGUGCAAGUGCGGCAAACGUUAAUUCUUUCUUCCACAUGUGGACGUUGUUGUGAACAUUUUUUUUUCUGCCAUGUGUGAGCGCAGCAAAUGUGCUCGACUGCAGCCUCGUAUGGGCACAUUCACGGCACUUCGGUAGCACCUCUGCCCCGACGUUGUCAGUUGUUUCCUUUUGCACCGUUAAAAUGAAUGCAUUGCCACAUCUCGUGUGGUGUAACUGUACAGCCGUCUCUCUGUUUUACCAAAACCGUUUUGAGGUGUGCUGCAUUGUGCAGCAAAGCUUUUUCUAGUUUUUCUCGGGUCAGAAUCGUGGAAAGGCUAGUAACGACAGCAAAGUGAACAGCAAUAGUUAACAUUACGUUUAGUGGCAGCUAUUGAUGCAUUGCAAGCAAUUUCCAUUCAUGCCACAGAAUUUGUUGGUUUGAUGCCUUGUACAGAAAGCUCGCUCAUGGCUUCAGGUCCAAGGAGUUUUGACACAUAUUUUUGAAGUCUGAAAAACUCUGCUACACGUUUCUCGCAAGCAAAAGGAUGACAGCAAGAAUGAAUGUUGGGGACAAUAAAGAUAUCUGAAUGUGAUAUUAAAGUGGGCGUCGAAAUCUUGGAUAGGGCAUCGUAAAUGAGAUCAUGACUCACCAAAAUUUGCCUCUGUAGUGUAGCAAUAAGGCUAUGUGUGAUGACAUUGCCCAUAAAAGAAAUAUAGGGCUGGACUCAUUUUUUUCUGGCUGUGAUCACUGGAACAGAGCAAGCCAGCGUAUUAUGAUGCGAUACACCUUGGGUACUGAAACUGGUUUACAGAAACAAGUAUAAUAUGUUAUUUAGUGUGGUCUGAAGCUUGCCAGUAUCUUUUUUUUUUCAAGGGUUUAGGACAUUUGUACCUUCAUUCAAUGAAAAAAAAAAAUAAAGAAACAUUGACAAUAGCCUUUCAGUAGACCUCAACAUAAAACUCUCUAUGAGGGCACAAAAAGUUAUAUGUUCAGUCUACGUUUGCAGUUGGUUGCCUGAUAAAGGUAAAAUAUAUUUAAUAAUCCAUGUGCUGAUGUGUGGAAGUGGUAGCACAUUGACAGAACUGAAACGACCUUAUUUUUUUGUUUCACUUGAUUGAAAUUGACAAUUGGCUUCCUUAUAUUGCCAUGAAGAACACUUUGCUGCUGUUUAAUAGCGUUUCCAAGUUCUGCUGUUCUCUUGUACACAAGCUUUAUUGUAUAAAAAAAAAUAUUGGUGUUGCUUUGAUUACGAGCAUGUGCUUGUACUAUCCACUAGGUGGUGUUGCCUUGUUGCUGUAAAAUAACUACCUGUAAUAUAUUACAUAUACUAUUGUACGGUCUUCUCUCUGCUCUGAGUGCGAGUACUGUGUGAUGUGGUUUGCGUGUUGUGUGGAUACGUGGAUGGUUUUCGAGACUACCUUUCGUUUCCUUUUUCUGGAGGCAGCUGUUUGUGACCAGUCAGGUUGCAGUUAAUAUUCUUUUUCAUACCUGUAAGGUGAUCAAUAGGUGGGCACAGAUUCUGUGCAGGCACACAUGAGAAAAAGAAAACUUUGUGUGGUUAUUGCAUGGUUUGUGAGGUAGUCAAGCAGUUUUUGAGUCCUUCCUUGCUGUGGUUAUUGAUCGUAGUUUGAGUGUUUGGAUUCACACAGUUAGCAAUCCAUAAACUAGUCUUGGCCGCUAGAGCUUUGUACUUCUGUACUCUCCGCACCACCUCCAACGGUGUUGGUGUGCGACUGCACAUUCUGACAGCCUUGUAGGGUCACGCCCCUAGCUGUUCUUAGUGUUAGCUCAUUGCCAAUACCAGUGUGCAGGUUCGACCCUGGCUGUGGCAACUACGUUUCAAUGGGUGUGUAUUGCAAGAACGUCCGUAUACUUAGUUUUAGAUUAACGUUGAGGAACUCCAGUUGUUCAAAAUUAAUUUGGAGUCCCCCGCUUUGGUGUGCCUCAAGUAAGAUGGUACUUUCGGCACGUAAAACCCUAUACUUCAAUUUUUUGACACUAGUGCUUGGCUGCGCAUUUUCGUCAGUGCUCUGGUCAUAAGACUGCUUCAGGGCUGCAAUGCAGGCUUCUUUGGUGGCUUUUCCAUGAUUGACACUUCGUACCAACUGUGCUGCCACAUAAAAAUUGUUGAAUUCCUUUAAAUAGAUAGCUCUGCUCCAAAACAAACUUAGUCGUCCUCAUGUAAGCUUGAGCGGCUUGUUUUCUUAUUACGCCUUUUUUGUUUAGUUUGUGUCAUGUCAACGCUGCCUUCAGAAAGCAACAAAGAAAGCAAGCCUACCACUACCCUUACCUGUUUUUUCAGUCCUUGACUCGUGUGUGUGUGUGUGUGUGUGUGUGUGUGUGUGUGUGUGUGUGUGUGUGUGUGUGUGUGUGUGUGUGUGUGUGUGCUUGUGACAUCUGUAUCUUUAUUUUUUUAGAAACUCAGAGGAAGUGUGGAGAAAGCGCAAGAAAAAUUAAUUGUGCACCACACUUCCUUCGAAAACGGAACGACACUGCCUGGAUUUCCUGGAAAAAAGGAACAACGCUAAAAUAAAUAUAUCGAAUCAACUCUUGCCAGUUGAGGAUAUAACCAGCAGCGACUGCCGAGAAGCAAAGUGUACAUAGCCUCGUCACAGGCGACGAGAAAUGAUUUUAAUGCAGAGUUUAAAUGAAAUCUCUAAAAGCGUGCACGGCCGUUGCUCGGGCCGCUUUUCAAGGAACAGUCGACCCUCACUGCUGUCGGGGCAUGCCUGUUGUUUUCCGAGGGAAAUUUGCAUAUGGAUGCCGCUUAAAUUCAGUCAUUUUUGUGUCGUCAUAACUUUGCGUUGAUUGGAACUUGUUGGUGUUUGGGAGGCAUCACACAUUUGCCAUUUUUGGAUCUUGGAGCUGGAACAGUCUUUGCCGCCACAAAUUGCAUCAGCGUUGCCUCAAGUUUGCCUGGUGGGACGCAGAGUUAAAGAUCGCAUAUGUUUCUCCAAUAAUUUCUUGCAGUUACGUCUUAUAUAUAUAUAUAUAUAUAUAUAUAUAUAUAUAUAUAUAUAUAUAUACACACACACACACACACACACACGCAUAUAUAUGAGGGAAUUUUUUUAAUUAAGAACAUUCUUUCUUUAUCCACUUAAAUGUAGCGCAAGUAGCCAUUACAGUCUGUUCAUUAACUAAUAUUUGUUCAUCUACGUUUAUGACUGGUUUCAAGGAAUAUGUAGCACAGGUAUUAUUGCAUUGGGGGAGGAGGUCAAGGCUAUUACGCAAUAUUAAAUACGUCUUGCAAGGUUGAAACCCUUGUUGGCGAAAAUUUGCCGUUUCCGGCUUUUCCAUUUCCAGGGUUUCCAACAGAGUACCCAGUCAGCAAAACAGACUGUGAAUUAAUAAGUGGAUUGUGAUGCAUACAGCUGUAUAUCCUCCAGGUAGAAAUGAUUCCUGGCAAUGUUUGUAAUAACACUGAAUGGUAUUUACGUGGUGGCAAAAGACCGUCCGUUCAAGCACCCCACAAAUGCUUGGCGAAUGGUAACUCGCUUAUAAUCAUAAUGUUUGACACUUUCAAUGCGCAUGCAGUUUGAAGGUGCUUGCUAAUAAUAGUUAAUGUUCUGAGGUUCACGUUAAAUCUUGUGUCAGUCUACUAGAAAAGUUUUGCCAACAUGGCAUUUUUGCAUAAAGGUUGUUUACAGAGGUUGCCCCGAAGGGUGAAGGACGACUGUUCUCUAGAAAAAAAAAAAUCGAGGCAAGCUCGCUGUGUCUUUUGAUGCGAGAGUCUUCGAGGAAAAAAAAAAUGAAAUAUGUAAAAAAGAGGUUUAUAUUCUAUACAUGGCGUGUUUUCUUGAAACAAGAAAAAAAAAGUUGACUGUGAAGCGAGCGUCGGUUUUGUUUUGCGGUUUGUUCAGUGAACUUCGAAGAGUGUUGAGCUUUUGAUGUUGAAGUUGCAAAUUUCACUGGCCGUAGCUGCGGCGUGUGGAAUCGAGAACCGAGUUGUACAGAGUUGUUGCGCAAAGGAAGUGCUGAUUGCUUUUCCUGCUCUAGGCUUGCCCAUAUUGUUGCCAGUACCCAUGACAAUUCAUGUGGCUAGCUUUCUGAUGUGUUUUAAUGUGCCACAUUUUCUGUCGGCACGACUGGCAUGUUUUUCUGUAAUGCUGACGUACUAGCUGAAUAUCUUCUCUCAUUAGAUAGGACAGAUCUCCAGUUUUUCAUAGUUUGGCCCGAGUUUCCAUCUGCUUUCCACUGGUAUAUAGUUUCCUUCAUUCAUUGCUUGUAGGUAUUAGGCCGAAACCUGUUACUCGUUUGCUUCUUCACACAAGCCCACUUUCUUGACUGCCGGCAAUUAAGACUUGCACAUUCUUUCGUGCAGCAUAUGGUAAUCAAUGGUUGGCAUGGCAAGUAACUAGCAUAAGCAGUCAUUCUGAAGAUGGGCUUAGUGGUCAGUCUGCAAAGCGACCAUUUGCAAAACUGCAGAUGAAUGAAGCUUCGAAACAAUAUUUUUAAGAAGCUGUUGUGCUUCUCUUGAAGCUCAUUUCAUCAGUUUUGUUUGUCUUCAAGAUAUCCCAAAAAAACAAAUGCUGUCUUUCCUUUUAGAAAAGGGAGUGGUGGUCACUUUCAUUUCUUGCGUUGGCUGAAAUGCAUAAUUAUGGCACUUUCUAGUGUUUCUAAGACUCAUCUUGGUGAGACGCUUGUGCUUUUUAAUAACUUGCAUUUGUAAUCCAGUGCAUAUUUAACUGCCAUCAACUAGUUUGCUCCUGCGAAUCACCCAAAAGGUGGCCACUGUUGACAUCUAUGACCAUCACUGGCAACAGCCUUUGUGGGUAGGAACAAACACAUAUUCUGCAGUUAGAAAGUUACCUGCUUGCCUAAGUUACCGAGACCAUCAGGCAGUGGUUCCCAGGGGUGGCACCAGAGGUUGAUGUGUCUAAAGAGAUGUGACGUUCACUUGUUCAGUCGUCUCUUCUGUAUACUUGUGCUGUGUUCGUUGAAGUCAGUACUUCCAUGGCCUGACUUUGUUGAAUGAGUAAAAAGGAAAACGUGAUUCACGGUGUGUGAAAUGUCUUCAGCUGCGUCGAAUGGAGUCCCGCAUUGUGCAGGCUUAAAACAUUAAAAAAAAAUUCUUGCAGAUGAAUCCGCGAGGAAAUCUCCGCAAUGGUGUUUUUUUUUUUCUCAUCAAAGUCGUACGGUUGAACCUCCGUGUAAUGAAGUUGCAUUCAACAUUGGAAUAACUUCGUAUAUCUGAUAUUCAUUGUAUGCCUAUAUUCUUUACGCAUCAAUAUCGGUGACAUUUCAGAUUUACUUCAUCAUAUGUGAUAAUUCACUAUAUUGAGGUUCGAGUCUGCAGUAAAGAUGAUUUUGUUCCCCACAUGUCACGAAUGAUGUCUGUGUCGCACGUCACUAGCUAUGUAAAUAGGCUUGGGCUUCGCGUACAUUGGCAGUUUCACGUAUGUAUGCAUGGGUCUUGGAACACGGUGUCAUGAAAAAAAAGCCGUUUUGGGAUUGUUAAAAUUUUCAUACACUGCAUUGUUACAAAAGGUCAUUAGAAUGUUUGCAUGAAAGCACGCACACACAAAAAAAGAGGUAAUGACUGUAUUUCAUGCAGAGGCUUUAAGCACAUGUAGUUGCUGUUUUUUAGGUCUUUGUACAACUGUCUUUUCCCUGUGGUUAUGAGUCUUUGGUCAAGAGGAGUGUUAUCUUUGGGCUGACUGUGGUAUCCCUCUUCAAAAAUGUGCGAUACACAGAAAUGACCUUGUUAAUGUAGCUGCUGAACUGCAGUAUAUGAAAUUUAUUGCAUAAUAAAUAAAAGAAAGGAAAAUCUAUAACGAAUGUGGGGAGCAGCUUUCAGAUUUAUGCCACUUUGUCAGUUAUUAAAAAUUUGUGGAUAGGGCACUUUCAAUAGUAUUAGCACGAAGUUUUUACUAAGAAGCAGACAUAACACUGUAAACCACAUCAUUUAGAGCUUUAAGGUGAAUGGAACGAACAUAUUUUGUUUGCCUUGUGUUCUGCAGCACAUGCUGCUUAUAGGACUACAGAUUAUUUUAGUAACACAUCCAAUAGCCUAAAUUAAAAAAUUACUCUCGACAGUAACUUCUCAACUUCUUUAGUGCUGCAAAUUUAAUCGAAAUCAGUUUGGCAGUUGCCUGAUCGGAGCAUUUCUACACUUUUCACGUAACCCGAAUAGGGAGGAUGUGGCUUGAAGCUUGUUCUUAAAAUUUCAUUCUUUGCUCUUGCAUGCCAAAUCUGCUAAAAAUAAUGUUGAGCUUUCAUUUACGUUUAUCAAAGGGCGUUUGGGAAUUGCUGGAUUGUUUGGUGCGAUGUAGCAGGUUGCUUUCGAAGCGAGACGAUCAUAGUCAUUUCAGCAUUUUUGCAUACAUGUGUUCAACUUUAAAGGUCGUUAGAGGAGUGCAAAUGAUACUAAAGAGUCAACACAAAACUGAAGAAUCGUACAAAAAAUGAAAGCUGUCUCGCAUGGUACCUGAGCUAGCUUUUUAGGAUGUAUUUAAACGAAGUUGGUAUAUAUGACGACAGUGUUAUGAGGAAACGAACGAAGUUGCUAUGAAACUUCUGUACAUAAUGAUGGCAAAAAAGUAUACUUUUUCUUUUGUGUUUAUAUUUUAUAUGAUAUGGAAAUGUAGUGUAUGUGUCUGCAAAGUUUCAUUUCUUGAAAUUCACAUGCAUAGUAGUCAUAGCAUUGUAUACCUGUGGCUGUGUUGAGGGAUGUCGGCCCUGUAUGCUAAUUUGCGGCUUACAUUAAACCGGUUUUCACCUGUGAA